AUGUUUCGACGUCUCUCCGCCGCCGUCCACCGUCAACUUCAGGUGACUGCCACUCUCGGCCAUCGUCGGACCGCCGCCGCCGCCUCCUCUCGUUCACACUUUCUUGGUUUUGUCAGACCCUACUCUGUCUCCUCCGUCGCCGCCGACGAUCCCUCAUCCCUAAUCGCCUCCUCCCUCACGAGAUCGUGCGGGAUCUCCGACCAUGCCGCCCUCUCCAUCUCCAAGAAAGUCCAGCCCGACGCCCUCGACAAAGCGCUCUCGGUGCUCGCCGUCUUCAAGGACUACGGCUUCGAAGAAGCUCAUCUCGUCCGCCUCGUCGACCGCUAUCCUCGUUCCCUCUUGAUGGACGUCGAGAAGACCUUGAAGCCCAAGCUGGAGUUCUAUUGCGGGAUCAGCCUCGUCGGAACCGCCCUCCCGGAGAUCGUGUCAGCGAGCCCCCGGCUGCUGACGGCCAGCUUGGAGAAGCGAUUGAUCCCCAACGUUGAGUUCCUCAAAUCGAUUUUGAAAACGAAUGAGAACCUCGUGGAUGCCCUAAAAUACUCGCCUUGGUUGUUCGCCUUCGACACCAGAACUGCCGUUCUUCCCAAGGUCGAUGCUCUGCGCGCAUAUGGCGUGCCCGAUGAUGUAAUCUUAGUGCUUUUGACCCGUUGCGGCUACGCUUUGGUGGCAGAUACAGAUCGAUUCAAUGAUGCCUUUGACGCGGUAAAGAAGAUGGGUAUCUGUUCGAAGAAAUCCACAUUCGCCCAUGCCCUCGGGGUGCUCGCUAUAUUCCCCAAGAAGAAGUGGUUGGAGAAAAUGGAGAACUUGAGGGAAUUGGGGUGGUCGCAGAAUCAUAUCUUGGAGGCAUUUGCAAAGUUUCCUUACAUUGUGCGGGCAUCGACUGAGAAGAUAAGGAAGACUGCCAAGUUUGUGGAAGAGAAGCUGGGAUGGACACCGGAGCACACAGUGAAGAAUCCGUCCGUCCUGUCGUUGAGCCUGGAGAAGAGGUUGAUGCCCAGGUAUGCCGUCCUGAGCAUUCUAGUGCACAUGGGAUUGAUCAAGCCUUGCUUCAUAGGGAGUCAUUUCAAGAUUUCGGACAAGAACUUCCUGGUGCGAUUUGUGACCAAGUAUCAAGAGAAAGCUCCAGAGAUAGUUGAAGCUUAUCAAAAAGUGAAAUCAGAUAUAUGA